AUGGAGAUCGCAAGCACGGCAAUCAGCGUGAUUGGAUUGGCGUCUCUCUUCAGCACUUGCAUCGAAACACUUAACACACUUUCAUCCGCAGCAAGAUAUGGCAUCAAUCGAGAGAUCCUACAAACAAGGAUAGAAGUCGAGCGACUGAGACUUAUAGUUUGGGGAGAGUCUGUCGGGCUCGCUGAGAUUAACCCCGAGAGCAAAGCGAGUGAGAUUACUGAAAAUGAUCUCGCCAUUUUGGACGAGUCGAUUCGGAGCAAUACGUUGCGCCCAGCUGUGGCUGGAUUAUUGACUUGCUUUGCGCACUAUUUUGAGGACAUAGAAGAGCUACAGAAACGCUAUGGCCUUGCUCCCCGACAUGAAGGCCGAAGCAAAAGCCCCGCUCGGGGUAAGACACCAACAAGGGGAACGCUGCUAUCUAAGUUCCAGGAAACAUACUUGCGAUUCCAAGAGCGGACAUCGGAGGCCCAGAAAAAGACAUCAGCGUUGAAGAAAGCUGUGUGGGCUGUGACAGAUGAACGCAAAUUCAGAGCUCUCCUUGCCGAGAUCAAGGCCAUCAACGAUUCUUUGGUAUCACUGCUGCCGGCUAUUGGAGAGAAGGUGAGGGUUCAGAUGCGCUCUGAAAUCAUGAAGAACAAAGACAUUGGCCAGCUCCAAAAAUUGUAA